GUGUGCGCGCAGGCGGAGGAUCGCCGAGCCGAGCCGUUCCGUGCAAGCAGGCACAAGCCGCUGGGCGCGCGAGAGAAGCCGCAAAAAAAAUUACAGCAGCCGCAACUUGAAGCUGCGAUCAGCGCGAGGGAGCGUCGGAACUUCAGUCCGCACGAGACUAGAAAGGCAUCAUGGGAGGCAAACUCAGCAAAAAGAAGAAGGGAUACAACGUGAACGAUGACAAGGCCAAAGACAAGGACGCCAAAGCCGAGGGGGCAUCUGCUGAGGAGAGCGAGGCGCCCAAGGACAACAAAGACGAGGCCCCCGCUGCCACCGACGCCAAGGAGGUAGCCAACGACACAGCAGCUAAAGAGGCGCCGGCAGCGGACGCCGCCGCGGCCAAGGGCGAGGAAAAGAACGCAGCUCCGGCCGCAAAGGAGCCCGAGAAACCUGCCGCCAACGCUGAGCCGAAAACAGAGGCACCCAAGAGCGCAGAGCCCGCCAAGGCCGAGGAGAAACCGGCCGCCCCCGCCCCAGCCAAGGAGUCAGCCCCGGCCGCCAAGGAGCCGGAGGCCAAGGCAGCAGCAGCGGCCCCGGAGAGCAAAGACGAGGCCGACGCCAAAAAGACUGAGGCCCCCGCGGCACCAGCAGCCAAAGCCGAGGCGGCGCCUGCUGCCUCCCCUGACCCCAAGCCCACAGAGGCAGCGGCGGCGGCCCCUGCACCGGCAAAGGAGGCCACAGCCGCCAGUUCAACACCAGCCGCCGAACCGCCGAAGGAGGCGAACGCCACGGAGGCACCGAGCAAGGAUCAAACCGUAGCAGUUCAAGAUUAAUGGACAGCUUCUUUUCGGAAAUGAAAAUUAAGUACCUAACUCAACAACGACGAAUUAAAAAAAGAUGAAAAAGAAAUUAACUAGCCCACGCAUAUUAUGAAAUAACAAUAAUAAUAAUAAUUGUAAUGAUGACGAUUGGUUGAAGGAGCCGGACCGGAGCAACCGCCUGGAGAAGAAUCCGCAGCUGCAGAUGAUUAUUGCUAUUAUUAUUGUUAUGUUUUAUUCUAUUUUUUUCUGCUGUAGUAUUUGAACUUUGAUACGAGUCUGUGUCGGCCAUUUUGCCUCGCCAUCCCGCCACUGCCAUCGCCAUCUCCUUCACACAGUCAAGAGGUUCAACCCGGCAUUCAGAAACCCCGCCCCCUCACCCCCCUGCUCUGUGGACAAUGUGGGGAAAUUGGACCGAGGGGAAGGAGGGAGGGUCGACGGAACCACUUCACCAGCUGGACUCCCACCGCAUCCGUCCACUCUUCAUCCCUCCUCCUCCUCCUCCUCCUCCUCCUCCUCCUCCUCCUCCUCUACCGACAGUAUUCAGUGCUGUGGAUUUGUGGUCGUCUCCUUUUUUUUUUUCCCCAACCAUCUCCCUUCAGUUUUAUUUGUGUUUCCGGGUUGCGUCGCUGCCUGUUUCUCCAUCUCUUGGCUUAAAAUCGGGGGGAGUUUUGUCACGAGGACUGAGUUAGACCACGGUUUCUCGGACACUUUAGAGGUUGAUAAAGUCGGUGGACGCAGAGCUAAAUGUAUUCUUAGGCAUAAAACUGACGUAGGAGUUUUUUCAGAUCUAGAUUUUGUACUGAAACCCUUGGUAUGUAGUGAACUAAGUGGGUUUUUUUAACAUUUGUAAUAUCUACUACACCUGCAACGCCUCGCUAAAGCAACCUCUGAAGUGUUUUUUUUUUUUUGGAAACACUGAUGGAAAUCUCGGACCCUUCAUCCAAAUUUUAACAUCAACUCAUUGAUUUAUUUAUUUAUUUUUUAAUCUUUUUUGCGUUAAACGUUGACAAAGACAGUGCAGGUAGAGAUGGAGCUGUUAUGACGACAAAGUUUACACUGAAAACUCAAACUUAUAUUUAUUGAACACCACCAUAAAUGGACAGAACAGGACAGAGGUGGAGGAUUAUCAGCUCAAUCUAUGCCAGGAUCUAAAAUAUCCAUAACCUCGGCAGUAAAAGUAAAGUUCCCUACCCGUAAAAUAUUCAACAUUUUAAAGACGUUGGGACUUAAACAAUGCUUUCUAACGUACGAACUAACAACUCCAGGGCACAGAUUGGUAGAUAUUUUCCUAAUCGGAGCAAAAACUACAGGAAAAGCUCCGUAUUUUUGCUAAAAAAAGUCAAGUUAACGGCCUUCUAAUCGGUGCAAAAA